AUGCCGCCAUAUGUGCUUGGCGGGUUUAUAGCGGUUGAUAACUUCAAGAAAAAUAGCCGAAUAAGGUACAGAUUUUUGAGCCAUGCGAAUCAGAAGUGUUACGAGGAAAUACGUUCAGAGUCGGGUUUGCCGAUUUAUUGUUCUCCACAAACUGCUGCGGUUCUUCCAACGCUUCUUGCUGAAGGAAAUGAAAAUUUUUUAUUGAACCGUUCACGGUUAAGACCUCUUAGGCUAAAUGUUCCGUAUCAUUUUGAUGAGUUUACAGUAACUUUGCUGGACAGUAACUAUGUGCCGGGUGCUGUUAUGUUUAUUUUUGAAAGUUCACGAAUACCUGGCAGUCCGGUUCUGUACACUGGCUAUUUUCGCGCAGACUCAUCCUUUUAUAUGAAAGUGAACACAGUUUCAUUACUAAAAAAGUACAGUUUUGGUUGUGUAUCAUUAGACUGUAAGUAUGCGGAAUCGGAAGUCGUUGAAUUCCCUGAACGCUGUUCGACAGUAGAUAGAGCUGUCGAGUGUAUCAUGUCUGUUUCUAAGGACACCCUUAUUUUCAUCGUCACCCUCCCACUGUUGAACUUUGAUCUCUUGGAAGAGAUUUCGAAGAGAUUAAAUGAGCGUAUAAGAUUGUUUCGUUUGAGCAAAAAAGUUGCUGACAUCAUUUACCCCAAGAACUCGUUUGGCACCGAUGAAACGGAAUGUAGGAUUUUUACAGUAGAAAGGAGUGUCGCUAGAGAAAUGUUGGAGGAAAAAGAGGAAACUAUGUCAGAGGCGAGAAGAGACUUUCGCAUCUUAGAGCUUAAUGUCUGUACACAUAAUGUUUCAGAAUGCGCUGCAGCUUCAAAAGGUGAGAAAGUUCUAUACUGUGACUACGCAGAACAGUCCAGUUUCAAUGAGAUUCGUGACUUUCUAUCCAUCCUCAGAUUCCGUAAGCUGACUCCCCUCCAGAAUUCCCUCACGAUUCCAUUAAAACAGAAACUGAAGAGGCUUGUGUUCAAAGAUAAAGAAGCAGGAAACUUUGUACAUCUAAGUCCCUGUUUUGAGGGCUGCCGUGCAGAAAUGGUCGCCCCAUCAGUUAAUUUGACUGAAGGAUUUUCUGACUUUAACAUCUCGUUCUGUAACGAAGUUGACAGGUGGCUUCGCAGCGUUCCGGGCAAAUCUGCGUCAGAUGAAUUUGAUAUGGAGGAAUUUGAAACGAGAGUUGAUCUAGAAACUGCCACUAAGGAGAUUAUAAAAACUUUGAAUUCUCAGAACUCGAUGUGCACAAAUUUACUUAGCUCUUUGGAAAGGCCUUUUGAAAAAUUAGUAGACUCUCUUGGUCCCAAUUUGAAAGAGGAGUAUGAGGAUGCUUGUGGUCGGUCCGAAGGAGUUUUUGAAGGCGCUGGUGCUCAGUUCUCUUUCGAGUUGGAGAACCCUAAAAGAUUUUCCAAAUUGCUCGUUGCAACGUACCAAAGUCUGCAGGAACCAUUUGGCUGA